AUGGCGCCUUUUGGCUUUGGAGGAGGCCAGUGGUCGGACUGGAAUCCCUUCUCGAACAACACAAGGCAACCACCACAGGGUCAGCGCCGCCCUCAGCCGUAUGACGAGCAGUUCGUGCCGCAGCAGUUGCCGGCAGCGACCCAGUAUAGCGACUCGCCCAAUCGUCAGCUCAUGGACCGUAACACGUUGAAUGCGGCAAACUUCGACAACCAGAACACUCCCCCAAUUGGCCCAAGCAAGCGAAAUAAUGGGCCGUACGGAGACGUCAUAUACAAUUCCAGUACACACGGCUACAAUUCGCAUAAUCUGGAUGUGUUUGGUCAAGGUGCCGUCAACCCAAGCAUCCGCCCUCCAACCACAAUCAACCCACAGCACCUCCACCAUUACCCGUCGCAGUAUGUGCAGCAGCCAAGCAUUCAACAUGCUCGGCGCGAACGUACUCCAGAACAGAAUCUCUACCAGGCACCUCAGACUUAUGCUCACCCGCAGCAGCAGCACAUUCCACAAGUGUACAAUCUGACAAGCCUAGGUCCUGCACAGUCUCGCAAACCAGCACGUCUAACAACUCCGCCACGACAGGCCAGCAAGCCCAUCAGUCCAUCAACACCAACGAGUGCGCAGUCAUCGACACCUAAUGUCGUGACGCCAAGAUGGCAUGCACGAGAUCUCUUGCCUGGUCGAGGCGUGAAUGCCGCAGGUCCGACAAGUGCAGCUCUCACACAGGGUGUUGCGAAAGACAAUCAGUCUGCCACCGGAGAAGCGCAAGACCAGGAAGAUGUCGGCAUGAGCCACUUCUUGGGCAACAUUCAUCGAAUCACCAACCGUGGUGAAGCACCUCAGCAACGCAAACGCAAAACAGAAUCUAAUGGCGAUGAAGAAGGCUCGCCGGAGCCAAAGAAGUCGAAAUCUACCUUUCACGGCAUCGCAAGUGGUGGGCAGCUUGGCAGACAGCUCAAGGAAGAUCGGGAGAAAAAGGCUGCUGAGUCUGGGCCUGCAGCUGGAGCAAUCGACUUGACCAAUGAUGACGAGGAGCUUGUUGUGACUGGAGAGAAGAAGAUCCCGGAAAGAGGCAACGACGACAAGGAGAUCUGUCUUGGUGUGAUCCAAGGCAAGGCUUCUAUCUCACGCAUACCGAACUACUCGACGAAGGCAUGCAAGGCUAUCGGAGACGAGUCAUGGCCGAUGACAAAAGUCGAAUAUCGUCGUCAGCCUUCGCAGAACAGCCGCAUCGAGUUGCUUGAUCGUGGUGGAGGGAAGGUGGUCGGCUUUAUCGACAUGAAGCUUGCUUCCGCGCUUUGUCCGCUCCUUGAUGGCCAAAGCAGACUCCGUGUAAGCAUCCGUCUCCAGCCGUGGAAGCGCACGAAACACGCCCAUACACCUGGUCAAGCGGUCUCCGAGUAUGUUAAUAUCAUAGUCAUCUUGCACUGCCCGAGGAGGUUUGGGCUGCAGAUCGGCAAGUUUCUGUCUCAAAGGCAAAUCUUCCUCAACACUCCAGCGUCAGCAGGCAUCUACGUGGGCUCCGAGAUUGAUGUACCGGGUCUUCGUCCCACGGGUAUGGGACCUGGUGCGGGCGAUCGCAGGCCGCAAACUCAGGCUAUCGUCAAGGGUCGCACCCAGGAGGAGAUGACGCGCGAGGCUGAAGUGCUUUUCGACAAGAUCAGGCACGAUGAUCUUCCGCGCAGGCAAGCGAACGAAGACUUCAUCAAGCAGCCUCUUAUGGAUCAUCAGCAGCAAGCUCUUUCGUUCCUGUACGACCACGAGACGUACAACGAUGAUGACAAGAUUGACGACUCGGCCUUCUCGUUGUGGAAGCCCAACGUUAACCAUCGCGGCGAUCGCACAUGGGUGCAUCACAUCACCGAUCAGGAAAUCAGGCACAAACCUAAGCCAGUGAAAGGCGGUAUUCUGGCAGAUAUGAUGGGUUUGGGCAAGACCCUCAGCAUUCUGGCUUUGAUAGCGGAGACAGAGGCACAGGCAGAAGUCUUCGGUGAGACAGGGGCGCCUGCAGAACUUGAAGGUGUUGAGCGCAAUGCCAGGACUACUUUGAUCAUCUGUCCGAAGUCCGUCAUGUCCAAUUGGGAGGAGCAGAUUAGGGCGCAUGUCAAGCGAGAUAUGUUCAGUUGGUACUUCUAUCAUGGCUCGAAGCGAAGCAGAGAUAUCGAUGAGCUUGCCGAAUACGACAUCAUCCUCACGACCUACGACACGGUCGCGGCGGACUCAAAGAGCAAGGCUGGCACUCUUGGUGCUAUCAACUGGUUUCGUAUCGUUCUUGACGAAGCACACACCAUUCGUAAUCAAACGACAUACCAGGCGAAAGCUUGUAUAGAGCUCUUAGCCGAUCGUCGAUGGGCUGUAACUGGGACACCAGUCCAGAAUGGUCUGAACGAUCUUGCUGCACUAAUCAAGUUCUUGCGUGUCGAGCCGUUCAGCGACACACAGUCGUGGAACCAGUACAUCCUCUCGCCACUAAAGAGCGGCAAUGCCAAUGCCAUCGCGCAUCUUCGUCUGCUAGUGGACGGCAUCACGUUGCGCCGCAUGAAAGACAAGAUCGGUCUUCCGCAUCGCAAUGAGUACGAGGUGGUUCUUACACUACCGGACGAGGAGCGUAAGAUCUACGAGCGCAUCGCAAGCCAGUCCAGUCAACAAAUGAGCCUCAUGACCGGCGGCCACACACACCGUAUGAAGGGCAAGGCAUAUGCCCACAUGCUACGCCUUAUCGAUCGCAUGCGUCGGUUCUGCGCACACGGCCUGGACAUGUUCAAUGACGAGGAUCGAAAAGAGAUCGAGGAGGGUAUGAACGCGGAUAAUGCUAUAUCCAUCAUCGACCUGGGCGACGACCCAACACUAGGGCCAUACGAGUUCAUCUCACCAAAAGCUGCGCUCGAACAUCUGCAGCUUAUGAUCGAGAGCAAUAAUGAUCAGUGCGAUCGUUGCGGCGAAAUCUUGCUUGAUCAAGACGACAAAGACCAGUUGGAGGGUGAUUCCGACGAAGAAGGCGACAGUGAUGACUUGAUCGGCCACCUUACGUCUUGCUUUCAUCUGCUUUGCCGCCAGUGCAAGACGCCCUACAUCCAGGACGCAGAGAAGACGAUGACUGCAGAUAAGCGUCACACAUGCGUACUUUGCCAGCAGUAUCAGCGCUUCGGUCUGUUCGACUACUAUCGUUCUGCACUUCGGGAUCAUAUCGAAGACAAGAGACAGAGUGUAAAGAAGCGGCGUCAGCGUGCAGAGCAGCGUAUGGAGAACUACGAGAAGCCAUCAAUCAAGGUUCAAUGCCUGAUUGAGGAUCUACGCAAGGCUGAAGAGGAGACGAACAGGCUGCCUCCGGAUGAGCCACCGAUCCGCAGCGUCGUCUUCAGCCAGUGGACGUCCUACCUCGAUCUCAUCGAGCUUGCUCUGAUCGAAGAAGGUAUCGGCUUCGUACGACUCGACGGUACGAUGACUGUCAAACAACGCAGUGCGGUUCUCACGCAAUUCAAGACUCUAGCCACCACGACUGUCAUCCUUGUCUCCAUCAAAGCCGGUGGUCAAGGCCUGAACUUCACCCAAGCGAAUCACGUCUACAUGAUGGAGCCGCAGUACAACCCUGGCGUUGAGCAGCAGGCAAUUGAUCGUGUUCAUCGUCUCGGUCAGAAGCGCGAGGUGUUCAUCAGCCAUUAUCUCAUCAAGGACAGCAUCGAGCAGAAGAUCCAGGUUUUGCAGAAGAGGAAGGAGGAUCUGGCGAGGUUGACGUUGGAGCGGAAGAUGGACAAGGCGGAGAAGGCCAAGCAGAGGAUUGAUGAUCUGAAGGAUUUGUUCAGAUAG